ACGUUUAAUCCUCGAGAAUGAAACCAACGACAUUGUUGAUGAAUUGCGGUCUGGUCAUCGCCCUAAUUGCUUCUGCCCGGUUGUUCCAAUCAGCUGAUGGGCAUGGCAUGAUGCUGGAUCCGCCAAGUCGUUCGUCCAUGUGGCGUUACGGUUUCAACGUUCCACCCAAUUACAACGAAAACGGGCUCAAUUGUGGCGGUUAUGGUGUUCAAUUCAACAGCAUCAACCAGGGCCGUUGUGGUGAAUGUGGUGACGAAUGGAGUCUGCCCCGACCGAGAGACAACGACGAAGGUGGAAUUUAUGGAACUGGGAUCGUUGGACAAACUUACGCGCACGCAUCGUGGAUACGAUUGACUGUCGAAUUGACAUCGAACCAUUUGGGUUACUUUGAAUUCCGUUUGUGCCCUAAACGAUCGGCUACAGAGUUGACCACUCAACAAUGUUUCGAUGACCAUCUAUUGACACUCAUCGAUGGUUCGACUCAGUUCUACAUCUCAUCUGCCAACGGACUCUAUUUCCCUGUUGUUCAACUUCCUGCGGAUGUUUCGUGCGAUUAUUGCGUCCUCCAAUGGCGUUACACAGCAGGCAACAAUUGGGGCGUUUGUAAAAACGGAACGUCCGGAAUGGGAUGUGGUUCGCAGGAGACGUUCGUCAAUUGCGCCGAUAUCGCCAUCAUUUAGCUGAACGGAACCUUGGCCAUCUUAUUAGUCUUUGAUGCUAUCCAGUUUUAGUUUGGAAAAUAUAGAAUAAAAAUGCAUGAAUCA